AUGUCAACUCCAUCCCCUUCCCGUACUCCAGUUUUACGUCUCCGUCCGCUUUCUGAAUCCGACAACCCCUCUCGAGAACCCAUACACGCCAACGUCGCCAGGGAUGUCGCAAAAUAUUACAAGAAAGCAGGAUCCGCAUCUUAUCCUACCUCUGUCGAUAUUGGACCAGCGUAUUACCCACGAUUUAACCACCGGAAUUCCUGGGAACUAGAGUCUCCUGAAAGAUCCGAACCUAAUUCACCAAUCGAGUCACUUUUUACUUCUCCUAUUGAAAGUCGCCCUUCCUCUCCGGUGGGAUCGACGGGUAGUAUGGUUACUCACACCUCGUCUCAGACGGAUGGCUCAUCCACAGAAUCCAGUGAAAUGACUAAGAGAGACGACGAAUCAAAUAAAGAGCGAGACGAAGCAACGGAACGAAGCUCCAAUCUCCUUGAACAACUCUUGAUGGAAAAAUCAAAAAGCUUGAUCUUAGAAAAGGAAAGAGAUGACGCAAUUCUCAGUGCCGCAGAAACUAAGACGAAGUACGAAAUCAUAGAGAAGGAAAACGAUGAUGGCAAGCGCAAAUUAUGGGAGACACGUUAUCAGCUGAAUAAGUUAGAGAAGAGGAAGACUAGUCUUUUCGCAGGCGAGAAAGUAGCAUCUGUGCAAGCGGAGAGAGAUCAAGCGAUUUUGCAAGCAGAGGCGAGUUUGAAACUGCAGAAGAAGGCGGAAAAAGAACGAGAUGAGGGAAAGGAACUUUUAGUUGAGGUUACAGAAUGGCAGAGCGAAAAAAUGGGGGAAAUCAAUGAAGCUAGACGAGUCGCAGCCAAGCGAUUUGAAGAUAUGGAGUUGGCAGAAAGACAAAGAGAUGAUGCAUUGCAACUUGCAGCUGAGAGAUUAAGUGGAUUGAAUGAAGCGAAACGAUUUGUAGAGGUGGGAUUUGAAGAGAUGAAGUUGACGCAGAAGGAAAGAGAUGAAGCUCGACAAAAUGCAGCAGAGAGCUUGGGAAAAUGGAUUAGCUUGGAGCAAAAAUAUGAAGAGGUAAAGCAUGAAGCGCAUUUGCUGCGAAUGGAAAUAGAGAGGAUGAAAGAGGAGAAGAAGGGACGGGGUUACUGGACAUAUUUCCUGGGUGCACUAUUCGAUUGA